GCUGUGCGAGUUUAUUGGCAUAGGUUAGGGGUUUGAGAUGCUGCUGAAAUGCUGAUGUUAAACUUUUGGGAGAGCUGUGUAUUGUAGUGACGGGAUAACAAGUAUUUGUUUGGUAUAAAUAGCGUAGACAUUUGAGCGGAACGUGUAUUAACAUUUGAAGACUGCGACGUAGCUGAGCUGUGCACAGGAUAAGGAAAAUUUAAUAAAAAUAUAAUAAUAAUAGUAUAUACAUAUAAUUAUUUAAGGAAAUUUAAUUUGAAAAAAAAAGUGUGAAACAGUGUAUGAAAUAAAAAUAUAUGCCUAAAUAUAUAUUUGAGUGUGACGAAUAUUAAAAUAGAAUUAAAGAAAGCAUAAUAUUGUUAUUACUUGACAUUUUUUUCUAAAUAACAUUUUUCUAAAUAAAAACAAUAUUAUUCGAUUGUAAGUACACAAGCGGAAGCAUAACCAAAGCAGCAGUUACUUUAGAAAAGUGUAUCAAAUAGUUUUGAGGAAAAGAAAUUGCAUAAAAAUUGAAUACACAAUAAAGCAAAUAAGAGUCAAGUAUAAACAACAAAAAUUAAAACAAAACAAACUGCAAAUAUACACACACGUCUAACACACGAAAUGGAGGGCUAUCAGGAUAUGAGCGAGCUGGAAAAGUCGGUCGCGCACGCGGGCACCCAACUCUAUACGGUAGCGCACAAAUUGCACGAAGUCGAAACGACAUUGGAUCACACCAGCAGCCUGGAUGAUGUUGAUGGCGUUUGUGUCAUGGAACUGCUCGAGUCCAUGGAGGAGGUCAAGGCGGAAUAUCAUCAUCUGGUACAGAAUAUACGUGAGGUGCAUCAGUUGCAACGUGACGUCACCACAUCGAUACGCUUUCAGAUGCGUAGCAUGCAGCAAACCUUCGAAUCGCUGAAGAAACGCAUCGAAUUGCGUGUAACGCAAAAUUGAAAACCGAACACUGAUGGCUGUGAAAGUGUUGCAUAUGUGUAGGUACUGUAUAAAAUACGUAAAACGAGGACGAAAUGUGGCGGUGAGACGUGAGAUUCAAAUAUAUUUUCUAAGUAUUGUAUUUAAUAAUUUGAGUACGUAUAGCGUGAGUUGAAUAUGUUGCAAUUCUACACAUCAAAUCUAGAUUUAAGUAACACCUUUGUGGAACAAAAGUUGGUUUUUAACUUUGAAAUGUUCAAAACAUAUUUUUAUUUAUAUUAUUUGAUUGUAUUUACACUUAAAAUAUUUUAAAUUUCCUUUUGUUGGUUUAUAAUUAAUGCAAAUGGUGAGAAAUGCCAAAGAAGCUCAGCUGUCAUCUUUAUUUUCACUUUUGCAAAACAAUUCUCGCAAAUAUUUAUUAUUAUUAUUGGAAGAAAAUAUAUUGAUUAAUAUUUACAGAAAUAUAUAUUACAUUGGAACUUCCUUAUAGUGAAUUCGCAGGGGACCUGAAACGCUUCAC